UUGGAAGAAAUUUAUUUUGAUGCAAUAUUCGAACAACUUCAAGGACCUGGAGAUGUUUCGAAACAGGUUUCGGUAAGUGGAAAAAAUAAACUGUAAGCUAGAUUUAAACGAUUUAUUAUUUUUAUCCAUAAAAAUAGGCUUGAUAUAAAAAUCGUGAAUUUAGUUUUUUGUUGAAUUUGAUAUUAAAAAUCGUGAAUUUGGAGUAACUUCGAAAUGACGAUUCAUUAUUUUUAUCCAUAAAAAUAGGCUUGAUAUUAAAAAUCGUGAAUUUAGAGUAACUUCGAAAUGACGAUUCAUUAUUUUUAUCCAUGAAAAUAGGCUUGAUAUUAAAAAUCGUGAAUUUGGAGUAACUUCGAAAUGACGAUUCAUUAUUUUUAUCCAUAAAAAUAGGCUUGAUAUUAAAAAUCGUGAAUUUGGAGUAACUUCGAAAUGACGAUUCAUUAUUUUUAUCCAUAAAAAUAGGCUUGAUAUUAAAAAUCGUGAAUUUAGUUUUUUGUUGAAUUUGAUAUUAAAAAUCGUGAAUUUGGAGUAACUUCGAAAUGACGAUUCAUUAUUUUUAUCCAUAAAAAUAGGCUUGAUAUUAAAAAUCGUGAAUUUAGUUUUUUGUUGAAUUUGAUAUUAAAAAUCGUGAAUUUGGAGUAACUUCGAAAUGACGAUUCAUUAUUUUUAUCCAUGAAAAUAGGCUUGAUAUAAAAAUCGUGAAUUUAGUUUUUUGUUGAAUUUGAUAUUAAAAAUCGUGAAUUUGGAGUAACUUCGAAAUGACGAUUCAUUAUUUUUAUCCAUAAAAAUAGGCUUGAUAUAAAAAUCGUGAAUUUAGUUUUUUGUUGAAUUUGAUAUUAAAAAUCGUGAAUUUGGAGUAACUUCGAAAUGACGAUUCAUUAUUUUUAUCCAUAAAAAUAGGCUUGAUAUAAAAAUCGUGAAUUUAGUUUUUUGUUGAAUUUGAUAUUAAAAAUCGUGAAUUUGGAGUAACUUCGAAAUGACGAUUCAUUAUUUUUAUCCAUGAAAAUAGGCUUGAUAUAAAAAUCGUGAAUUUAGUUUUUUGUUGAAUUUGAUAUUAAAAAUCGUGAAUUUGGAGUAACUUCGAAAUGACGAUUCAUUAUUUUUAUCCAUAAAAAUAGGCUUGAUAUUAAAAAUCGUGAAUUUGGAGUAACUUCGAAAUGACGAUUCAUUAUUUUUAUCCAUAAAAAUAGGCUUGAUAUUAAAAAUCGUGAAUUUGGAGUAACUUCGAAAUGACGAUUCAUUAUUUUUAUCCAUAAAAAUAGGCUUGAUAUUAAAAAUCGUGAAUUUGGAGUAACUUCGAAAUGACGAUUCAUUAUUUUUAUCCAUAAAAAUAGGCUUGAUAUAAAAAUCGUGAAUUUAGUUUUUUGUUGAAUUUGAUAUUAAAAAUCGUGAAUUUGGAGUAACUUCGAAAUGACGAUUCAUUAUUUUUAUCCAUGAAAAUAGGCUUGAUAUAAAAAUCGUGAAUUUAGUUUUUUGUUGAAUUUGAUAUUAAAAAUCGUGAAUUUGGAGUAACUUCGAAAUGACGAUUCAUUAUUUUUAUCCAUAAAAAUAGGCUUGAUAUAAAAAUCGUGAAUUUAGUUUUUUGUUGAAUUUGAUAUUAAAAAUCGUGAAUUUGGAGUAACUUCGAAAUGACGAUUCAUUAUUUUUAUCCAUGAAAAUAGGCUUGAUAUUAAAAAUCGUGAAUUUGGAGUAACUUCGAAAUGACGAUUCAUUAUUUUUAUCCAUGAAAAUAGGCUUGAUAUUAAAAAUCGUGAAUUUGGAGUAACUUCGAAAUGACGAUUCAUUAUUUUUAUCCAUAAAAAUAGGCUUGAUAUUAAAAAUCGUGAAUUUGGAGUAACUUCGAAAUGACGAUUCAUUAUUUUUAUCCAUAAAAAUAGGCUUGAUAUUAAAAAUCGUGAAUUUGGAGUAACUUCGAAAUGACGAUUCAUUAUUUUUAUCCAUAAAAAUAGGCUUGAUAUUAAAAAUCGUGAAUUUGGAGUAACUUCGAAAUGACGAUUCAUUAUUUUUAUCCAUAAAAAUAGGCUUGAUAUUAAAAAUCGUGAAUUUGGAGUAACUUCGAAAUGACGAUUCAUUAUUUUUAUCCAUAAAAAUAGGCUUGAUAUUAAAAAUCGUGAAUUUGGAGUAACUUCGAAAUGACGAUUCAUUAUUUUUAUCCAUAAAAAUAGGCUUGAUAUUAAAAAUCGUGAAUUUGGAGUAACUUCGAAAUGACGAUUCAUUAUUUUUAUCCAUAAAAAUAGGCUUGAUAUUAAAAAUCGUGAAUUUGGAGUAACUUCGAAAUGACGAUUCAUUAUUUUUAUCCAUGAAAAUAGGCUUGAUAUUAAAAAUCGUGAAUUUGGAGUAACUUCGAAAUGACGAUUCAUUAUUUUUAUCCAUAAAAAUAGGCUUGAUAUUAAAAAUCGUGAAUUUGGAGUAACUUCGAAAUGACGAUUCAUUAUUUUUAUCCAUAAAAAUAGGCUUGAUAUUAAAAAUCGUGAAUUUAGAGUAACUUCGAAAUGACGAUUCAUUAUUUUUAUCCAUAAAAAUAGGCUUGAUAUUAAAAAUCGUGAAUUUGGAGUAACUUCGAAAUGACGAUUCAUUAUUUUUAUCCAUAAAAAUAGGCUUGAUAUUAAAAAUCGUGAAUUUGGAGUAACUUCGAAAUGACGAUUCAUUAUUUUUAUCCAUAAAAAUAGGCUUGAUAUUAAAAAUCGUGAAUUUGGAGUAACUUCGAAAUGACGAUUCAUUAUUUUUAUAAUUUCAAUUUUAUAAUCUCAUUUUUGCAGCCUCAGCCUCUGCUUCAAUUUCCAAAACCACAACAACAUCAGCCACAGUUCCACCAUUAAAACGUUGGAAAGCGGAAGCGGCCAAAGAAUCGGCACAAAAUCAAAAAGUCGAAUCACCGAUGGUAUUCAAAAAACAAUGGAUGAAACGACAUAUUGCUGAAGUUGUUAGUGAGGUUCGUUGCGCAUUUUUGAGCAAAAAAUUUGGGGAUUUUGAGAGAAAUCGGGUCUUGGAGGGUUUUUUUUUUGGUUUUUGAGCCAAAAUUUGGUAGAUUUUGAGUCAUGUAUCUUUAAAUCACUAUUUUUCGGGUCCCAUAACGAAAAAUUCGUAAUUUUUGGUAGAAAUUGAUCUAGGAGUGGGAAUUUUCCCGUUUUCGGGCUAAAUUUGGUCCUGAAACGAAGUUUUUGAGUCAUGUACCUUUAAUUUUUUUUUUCAGAUUGCAUCGUUCACUCAAUCACAAACGAAAAUUCCGGAAAUUUUUGGGAAAUGUUCUGGUGAGUGAUAAAAUUUUUAAAAUGGCAUGAAUUUCUGGAAUUUCAGUUUGAAACUGAUAAAACUUUUAUUUUUAUUGAUUUUUUGUUCGAAAAUCUUGAAAAAUGGUUGGUUUUGUCAGUUUGAAAUUGGAAUUUCAGCGGAGAUGCGGAAGCUAUGCCCAAUUUUUCAAUUUUUAAUGAAAAACUUUGAACUUUUCGAAGUGACUUAUAUUAUUGAAUUUAAUUUCCCAUGUGGCAUUUUUGGAGUACUGUAGAUGAUUUUUGCCGAGAAAUUUGAAGAUUAAAAUUGUAAUUUUAGCGAUUGAUUGACUAAUACCGUAAUUUUCAGUGUUGGCUCGUAUAUUUGGAUGGAUUCCCUCGAAAAUCUUCUUCAAAAUCUGGUUUCAACAUUUUGGUGAGUUAUUACUUGAAGUUCCAUAUUUCUAAGAUGAAAUUUGUUAUUUUCUGAUUGUUUUUUUUUCGGUUUUAAAAAAUAUAUGUAGAAAACUUAUUCAUAAUUUUUGAAUCCUGAUUUUUCUCGGAUUUUUGUAGUCCUGAAUUUUUCUAUAUUACUGUAGUGUUUGGUGUCAAAAGUUACAGAAAAAACUACUUUAAUCUUUUCAAAUUGUUGUCCAAAAUAGGGUUCAAUUCUUGUUUUUUUUCAGUUUGCCUCGUUCACUCAAUCACAAACGAUUAUUCCGGAAAUUUUUGGAAAUUUUCUGGUGAGUGAUAAAAUUCAAUAAAAAAAAUGGCAUGAAAUUCUGGAAUUGCAAUUUGAAACUGAUAAAACUUGUAUUUUUCUUGAUUUUCUUUGUGAAAAUUUUGAAAAAUGGUUGAUUUUAUCAGUUUGAAAAUGGGAUUUCAGCGGAGAUGCGGAAGCUAUGCCCAAUUUUUGAUUUUUUGAUAAAAAAAACUUCAAAUUUUUUUUAAAAGUGUUUUUGCCCUGAUUUUGUGAUGCAAUUCAGAUAUUUUUGCAGUUGAAUCAGAUCCAGAAAUUCCAAGAAAUUGGAACCUGUAUUCAUAUUCAAAUGAAAAGGUUUUCUAUUGUCGAAAUUGCUGCCACGUUUUUCAACUUCGACAAUAGAAAACCUUUUUAUUUGGAUUUGAAUGCAGAUUCCAAUUUCUGGGAAUUUCUGAACCUGAUUCAACUCCAAAUAUAUCUGAAUUGCAUCGCAAAAAUAGGUCCCGAACACUUUUUGAAAAUUCAAAGUUUUUCUAUAAAAAUUCAAAAAUUGGGCAUAGCUUCCGCAUCUCCGCUGAAAUUCCAAUUUGAAACUGAUAAAAUCAACCAUUUCCUAGAGUUUCAAAGAGAAAACAAGGGAAAUAAAAGUUUUAUCAAUUUCAAAAUGAAAUUCCAGAAUUUCUCUUGGUUUUCAAUUCUUAUCCCAACCUAUCUUAUUUUUUUAAAUCAAUAUUUUUCCAGAAUUUCGCGGGAAUUCAAAGUGGUGA